CGUUCUUCUCCGUCCAUUUUACACACCCAUAAAUAUACCCGUGAGAAACCGCUUGUACCUCAACACGAUAUGGGUACCGUUCACUGUUUCGACUAGCGCUUGAUUACCCUUCUAUGAACAACACGUCAAACAGCACAGCUCAACGCAUGCUCCAAGUCUGUCACAUGAUGGGUUCAAUCGAAAGGAAAACACUCUUUACCGUGCAUUCUCGAGAUUCAUUCAUCUUCGACCCACACCACUCAAUCUAUGAGGCCAAGGGCGAGCAUGAACCGGAUCCCCUCCCCGAUUCCGAGGACCCCGCUGAAAAUGGGACACCGGCGCCUGACAUCCCACCGACUACCUUUCUUCGUAUCACCACGGAUCAUUGGCCAAGAGAUCCCUUUCUAGGCUUUACAUUCGGUUGCGAUGCGACAGUCUGCGAUGUCUUGCUCGAUAGCGACCAGCAUAGAGGGACUAGCAUGAAGCAGUUCUCCAUUGUCCCCAAUAUGAUGGUACCCGGAACCUUCUACGUCAAGAACCACAGUCAACACGGUACUAAGAUCAUGGUCGGCACUGCACUACAUCAUGUGAAAUCCAUGCGGCCCAUUGCACAUGACAACGAAGUACACGUUUUCUUCCAAGCCUUCGAGGUCCAACUUCGGGUACCUAAUCAUGAGCCACACUGGGACGCGUUCCGACAAUGUUGGGUGGAAUUUAUCUCCAAGUUCGCCAGCGCACCCCCGGAUCUUCGGCACCUAGAUCUAGGUUCAUUGCUCAGAACGAGCCAGCCGGGAUCAAAGCCAUCGAAACACAGCCGCAAGGACAAGAUCGGGCGUGGAAGAAGUGGGAGUAGCGUAUUUCUGGAAGUCGACCGCAAGACCGAAGCUACCUACGCUGUGAAAUACUUUGUUGCUUCCACAUCCAGACGAAGGAUAGAGGAAAGGGCCAAAACUUUGCUGAACUUUUCUCACAAGCACAUUGUCCAGUUCAUUGAGUUCCUUCCCCACCCAAAAGCGCUCGUCAUGCAGUUCGUCGGCUGCAAUCUUCAGGAAGAGCAGGCGAAAAAAAAACUCACGGCCGACGAAACACGCGACGUCCUCCAUCAACUUCUCCAAGCUCUCAACUACAUCCACCAACAGUCAAAUAUCCACGGGGACUUGACGCCUUCCGCUGUGCUGGUGCAAUCGCGAAAGCCCCUCUACGUUCGACUUGGCGGCUUUGGCGACCCAGACAGUUAUUUACCUAUAUAUGCAUCGCCGGAAAGAUGUUUCGGGCCCUCAUUCUCUCGUCGCACCGAUAUAUGGUCUCUCGGAAUCGUUGCUUUGCAGUAUUCAUAUGGAAUCCCAGAGUAUGGCCGAAUAGGGAAGGAGGGUUGGUAUGACGCGCUGGCAUCACGUUUAAAAGAAUGCCCAAACUCCAGCCUUACAACGGAACUCCGCAAGUGGUUGUGCCCAUCGCCUGAUGGCCGCCAUUCUGCGCGCCAAUGCCUCAGCCGCUCAACAUACUUUAAGGUGCCUGCAAAAGUAGUACCUGAAAGAGAUUUAAGCAACAAUCUACCCGAUACAUCGCCCUUUAGAGAACCGAACAAUGAACCUGACAAAGCACCACCUGGAGAUGAAUCGACCAGCAGCCUACCUGACACGGCGCCGCCGGAACAUGAACCAAGCCAGCAUCGUUUAGUUAUCGACUUCGAGUCAGGCGAUGAUUGA